AAAACAAAUCCCAAGAGUAAAGAAAAAAGGUGCCUGGGUGCUGGCCCUGACACAUAUAACCCAGGAACAGGAACAGUUAAUCAUGACAGCAGACAGUGACUAAACUUCACAGUCUCGCGGCUCGCCCCUGCUACAUCAUGGCCCAGCCUCGCUAGGUCACUGGCCGCCCCCUGCUGCAUCAUGGUCCCGUCUCCCCCCGGAGUUCAUCACAGACCAUCAUUUUCAGAAGAGAUUUGCCAGAACAACAAGCCAGAAAUCGCCUUCUCUUUUUAAAACACUUGACUGAUUCCCCGAGGAUUCUGCUUCUGAAUUUAGAAAGGACCCUCUAGGAGCUGAAGAAUUCUUACUGGGAUUUUACAUCUGGGACACAAUCAUCUCAAAGAGAAUGUGGGCACUGGGUUAAGAUCUUCCAAAGCCCGGAAGAUACGGCCCCAGACACAACCUGAGAAAAGGAGCUGCAUUGGAAGUGUACAAAUUAACUGGAAUGUUACCAUGGAAGGACCGCAUCGACUAGAAGACCAAAACAACCCUAUGUGCAAAGUUCAGGGGCAGGAAUACCAGCACGAGGGCCAAAGACACAUGACUUCCUAUCCCUACCGGUGCACAUUGGCAGACUUCAAGAUAGAGAAGAAGAUUGGGCGGGGGCAAUUCAGUGAGGUCUACAAAGCCACCUGCCACUUGGACAGAAAGCCUGUGGCCCUGAAAAAAGUUCAGAUAUUUGAAAUGAUGGACGCCAAAGCUAGACAAGACUGUAUUAAAGAAAUUGAUCUCUUAAAGCAACUGAACCAUCCAAAUGUAAUCAAGUAUUUGGAUUCCUUUAUUGAAGACAAUGAGCUGAACAUUGUUCUGGAGAUUGCGGAUGCCGGAGACCUCUCUCAGAUGAUUAAAUACUUUAAAAAGCAAAAGCGGUUAAUUCCAGAGAGGACUGUGUGGAAAUAUUUUGUGCAGUUAUGCAGCGCUGUGGAACAUAUGCAUUCCCGUAGAAUCAUGCACAGAGACAUAAAGCCUGCUAACAUGUUUAUCACAGCCACAGGGGUGGUGAAACUGGGAGACCUCGGGCUAGGGCGAUUUUUCAGCUCCAAAACCACCGCAGCACAUUCCUUGGUGGGAACACCAUAUUACAUGUCCCCAGAAAGAAUCCAUGAAAAUGGCUACAAUUUCAAGUCAGAUAUCUGGUCCUUAGGAUGUCUGCUGUAUGAAAUGGCAGCUUUACAGAGUCCUUUCUAUGGGGACAAAAUGAACCUGUUUUCCCUGUGUCAGAAGAUAGAACAGUGUGACUACCCUCCUCUGCCCAAAGAACACUACUCGGAAAAGCUACGAGAGUUGGUCGGCAUGUGUAUUUACCCAGACCCAGACCAAAGGCCGGACAUUGGCUACGUUCACCAGGUAGCAAAACAGAUGCAUGCGUGGACCUCCAGCACAUGAAGAUUCAAGGAUCGAUACUGAUGAAGACCAGGCAGCCCUGCCUUACUUGAAUAUGUCUCUUCCAAGAAGCAGAGGCCACAGGAGCUCUAGGAAGAGCCAAAGUCAUUUCAUAACUGCAGCCUAGUAAUGUGUAAACCAGGCUGGCAGUCCAGGCGCCAGGCUACACUCCAGGAGGCAACACAUAUAAAACUGAUCAUAGAUGUCAUGUUACAAGUUGUAGAUUCUCAAACAAGCUGUGUGUAAUGUAGACUAGAGCUGAAUGAAUCCUGAUGCCUUACAGCAUCCAAAAUAUAUUUCUAAUGUGAAUAUUGAAAUAAUUCCUUUGGUGAACUUGUCUUUGUUAUGUCCUUAUUGUCCUAUAAUAGCAUAAAGGAAAGCCCUUCUGUUGGGGCAACUGCUUUACUCUCUCUCUCAUCUUGACAACCAUUCAUCGAAUUAACAUGUUUAAGCUGUAAAUUUGUCCGACAUGUUUGUCAAUGGUUAGAGGAAAAAAAAAAAGUUGAGCUUUUUGUUUAAAGGGGAAAAUGAACACCGAAGAGAACAGUGCUCACCUCACUAGACUCAGCGAUUCUUGUUCUUAAGGAAAUACUGUCGUACUGUGGCGAUGUCACAAUAGCAGUGUCUGUUUUUAGGAGCUACUUGCUUCUAGCUGGAAGGCAGAAGAAAAAAAAACUUUAAUAAUCAAUUCUAACUGCAAUAUAUUAUUUAAAUAAAACAAAUGCAGUGUUAACCUCUGAAAGGCAGUGCAGCGUGGAUGAUUCAGACUAGAUCAUACUUUUCAUUCUAACUGUGAAUACAUAGCAAAUGUGAAUGGUUCAGCAAUUUGAAGGAUAAGCAGAACGGUUUCCCCGUGCAGAAGGGGAGUACUGGAAAGUCGCUCUAGCAUUAUAUUAAGACUUAUUGUUACAGUAUCUGCUUUGUAUGUUUUUACUGCAGCCGUCUCAGAAAUAAAGGUGUUCUUUGUGGUUGAUUUAAAACAAAACAAAAAAAUCUUUGCAAUAAACUAUUUCUCCAUAUUUUA